AAAAAUGGAAAAGAUACAAGAUAUAGGCAGUAAUUCAUCCUUGUAUUUAUCAGUGGAGAGUGAAACCUCAAAAAGUGACGAAGUGUGUCGCUUCUGUGUUGGCAAGACAUCGGAUUAUUCCUCAGUUUUCCAGGAUGAUCUUCACGGAUCCCUGAAAUCUUGCUUCGGAUUGAUGAUUCAAGAGACAGACAACUGGCCAAAGUUUAUCUGCCGACAAUGCCUGAACUCGGCGAAGGCUUGCAUAGACUUCGUGUCGAGAAUCCGCGAAGGCGAGAAGUGCCUCAGAGAUCUUUAUGGGGAGUGGAGGAUCAUUGAGGACAUCGAUAUCAAACCAGACAUCGAGAUGGUGGAUAUUAAAGACCUUCCAAUCAUUUGCUAUGAUCUGAGGGUAGAAAUAAAUCGACUGGAAGAGUCAGUAGUAAAGGAAAAGUUGAGUAAAGCAGAGCCUUUGCCAAAGAAACGAGGACGACCCAGAAAAUCUUCAGUAAUUGUGGAAGAAUCUUCAUCUUUGUCUAUGCCUACGCCGGAUAAUUCGGAAUUGGCCAGUAACAAUUGUACUGCGGAAUCAGUAAAGCCAUCUGAAAAACCCAGCAAAUCACAACUAAGAGCCCAGAAAAGACAAAACGAGAAGGAUUUAAAGAAGAAGAUUUUGGAGGAGAAUCAGCGCAAUAUUGAGGAGUUCUUCCGUAUGGAUUGUCACAUUUGCGAGGAAUCAUUUGGUAAAUUGGGAGAUUUGUGGGAUCACUUUCGCGAGAGCCAUAAGAGAAGAGGAUACAUCUUCUGUUGCGAUGUUAAGCUGGACAGACCGUCAAAAAUCCUGGAUCAUCGCGCUUACCACUUGAACCCGGAUGCCUUCAAAUGCCAUGAAUGCAAUAACACUUUCAAGAACAGUAUUGGAUUGAAAUUGCAUAAAUUAAACAGCCACACACCAAAGGAGGAGCACAUAUUUAAGUGCCCAAAAUGUCCACUGUCUUUCAUGACGGAAUUUCGGUUCAAGAUGCACAGCUAUGUACAUUGCAGGGAAGAGGAUAAGAGCCACUUUUGUCCGGACUGUGGCAAGGCGUUUGCCAUAAAGGGCAACCUGAAGAUUCACAUUCGACAAAUGCACACAAAAGACUAUUAUCACGUGUGUGAAACGUGCGCGCGAACAUUUAAGAAUAAGGAUAUGCUUUUGCGCCACAUGAAGCUUCACACUGGUGAGAAGAUCGAGACUUUUCCCUGCACUCUCUGUGGUCACAGAUUCAGUCACAAGUCUAAGCUGAAGCUCCACAUGAAACGUCACAUUGAGAACGAAUCUGGGAAAAUUUUCCGAUGUGCUAUUUGUGACAAGGAAUCGCCGAAUAGUUUGGCUCUUCAGGCUCAUGUGAAAUAUACUCACAUAGUUGAAAGAAAGCAUAAAUGCAACCUUUGCAAGAAGUCAUUUAAAAAGCCAGUUAAUCUCCGGGAACACAUGGCGACCCACACUUACAACCAGAUCCUCUACACUUGCCUCUUCUGCCCAAAGCAGUUUAACAGCAACGCGAAUAAAUACAUGCAUCAGAAGAGGAAGCAUCCUAAAGAGUAUCAGGUCAUGAUUGAUAAGAAAAACAAACUGAAAACCACUGAUUCCUAAAACAGCGUGAAAUUUUCAUAAUGUACCUUUCUUGAUAAUAUUUAUUAGAAAUCGCUUAAGAGUAGGUAGUAUUUAAAAAAAAUCUAAUUUUACAUCGUCUCGACACAUUUUUCCCUAAUACCUAAUUCGAUUUGAUUUAUGCGAUUCAUGCAUAUUUAGUAGUGCUAAACGUGCUAGAAUUUUAAAUACUUGUGUAUGAAAUUGAGUGUGUGGUGUGAGGGACUAUAUAACUAAUUAUACAUUAUUUUAUAUACAUAUAGGUAAAAUUGUGAAAAUGAAAUUUUGUAGCUAGAAAAAAUAUUUAUUUUUCAUUUGCGGUUUGAGAGGGAUUGACUUUUUACGCUUUUUACUUAUGAAUUACUUGUACGAAAUUGAAACAAAUAAAUUUGCAAAAGUGAAAUGAGUUUUAUUUGCUGAAAUCAUUGAAUUU